AUUUUCUAUAUCACUUUUUCCCCCAAACACCGCUCCGUCUCUCCGUCCUCUGUCACUCUCUCUCUCUCUCUCUCUCUUCUUUCCCUCUCUAGACCGGUACACCCGUUUCUUUCGCCACCAGUUCCGAAAGGCGCGUGUCGUCCACGCCCUUCAUAGCUCGGUCGAUUCACUCCGGGGACUUGAUAACACGUCGUCUUCUCUCCUCCUCUUACUACCCAGAAACUCAGUCUCACAACUUCACUUACCGUUUCUCUCUCUAAAACCCCUUUCUUUCUCUCUCUAGGGUUUUACAGUAGUGAAGUUUCUGUAGAACAUGCGAUAUCAGUAGAAAGCACACAAUGGUUGAGAAGACAAAGAGGCAUAAAAAGGGUUCGAUUAGUGAAGAAGACAUCUCCACUCUCUUACAAAGGUAUACCGCGACUACAGUGUUAGCAUUGCUUCAAGAAGUGGCACAGGUUUCGGAUGCGAAGAUUGAUUGGAAUGCGUUGGUGAAGAGGACUACAACUGGGAUUUCCAGUGCAAGGGAGUAUCAGAUGUUGUGGCGACAUUUGGCUUAUCGUGAUUCAUUGCUAGAAAGAUUAGACAAUGGGGCUGAACCUCUGGAUGAUGAUAGUGAUUUGGAGUAUGAACUGGAAGCUUUCCCUGCUGUUAGUUGUGAAGCUUCAACAGAGGCUGCAGCAUGUGUGAAGGUACUGGUUGCUUCUGUUGCACCAAAUGACUCCAGUCUGUCAAAUGGCGCCACAGUUGAGGCUCCGUUGACCAUAAAUAUACCUAAUGGGCAGUCAGCCAGAGUUCCUUCAGAAAAUUCACAGCUAGCUAUACAAGGGACAAACAUUACUGUUCCAGUUUCUGUUCAGAAACAGCCACUGCACACAGUGACAUCUGCAGAAGGAUUGGAUGCAAAUGGAUCAGCUGGUGGCAGCCUUCCUGCUCGAAGAAAAAGAAAACCAUGGUCUGCAGCAGAGGACCUGGAACUGAUUGCUGCUGUGCAGAAAUGUGGUGAAGGGAAUUGGGCAAAUAUUUUGAAAGGAGAUUUCAAGGGUGAUAGAACUGCUUCACAGCUUUCUCAGAGGUGGGCCAUUAUCAGGAAGCGGCAGGGCAACUUGAAUGUGGGAGGUGGCUCACAAUAUUCUGAGGCGCAUCUGGCAACUCGGCAUGUGUUGUCUCUUGCACUUAAUAUGCCGAUGGAUAACUUAACUGCAGCUUGCUCAAUGAGUACUGGUGGAACAAAUUCAAACACUAUGCCCAGUAACUCUUCACGACCUACUGUUGGUGAAGCUCCGUCAGUUGGUGGUAGUGUUUCACAAGCCCAAAAUCAGUCCCAACUAGGGUCUGUCCCAACAACCACAGCUCAAACAGGAACUUCUGGGCCGUCUUCAAAAUCUCGAGUGACCUCAAAAAAGACGUCUGUGAAAUCUCCUCUAGGCCCGGAUGCUUUGGUAAAAGCUGCUGCAGUUUAUGCUGGAGCCCGCAUCGCUUCCCCAUCAGAUGCAGCAUCAUUGCUCAAGGCCGCACAGGCAAAUAAUGCUGUUCAUAUCAUGGCUGGAGGGAGUUCCUUGAUCAAACCAUCUGGGGCAGGCAAUACAAAUUCAUUGCCUAGUACUCACUUAGCUGGUCUUCCAAAUGUUCAUUACAUUCGGACUGGUCUGGCAGCUAUACCACUUUCCUCUUAUUCUGCUGCCCCAUCAAAUGCCUCGUGGAGUAGUGUAACUCAAGUGCAGGGCCAUUCUAUGAAACCUGCGGUGCCGACUGUUCAACUUAACCCAAGCAGUACUGCCACGGCAUCAAAUACGUCAUCUGAAGCAACCAAUGUUGCUUCUUCUAAUUCGGCAAUGGAAGUUGAUGUUAAAAUUGCAAAAGAUGGUAUAGGUUCUGGCUCUGGCGAUGUACUGAAGGAGCAAGUUCAAGAAGAUCAAGUUGCAGUUUCAGGCAAUGAACUGCAAGAGCAAAUCCAGGAAGAUCAAACUGUUGUUCCAGGCAAUGCACCGAAAGAACAAGUCCAAGAGGAUCAGGCUUCUGUUUCAGGCGAUGCCGGAAAAGAUUGUGCUGCAGAAGAUCAAUCUUCCAUUUCAGGCAACGCACCAAAAGAGCAAGCUCAAGAAGAUCCAACUGCUCUACCAAACUCAACAGCAAAUUUGAGUUGUGAAAUGGAUUUUGUUGAGAAUUCUAAACAUCCAUCGAGUGUUGAGACUGUUGACAUUAGCAAUCAGGUGACCGAGGGUAAAAUUGAACAAGAUGAAAUUAAGGUAGGAGGUAAGAGCCCGUGUUCCGUUGAGGAAAAUUGUGAGAAUCAAAUCGUGGAUGGGAAACAAGAUGCAUCGAGCAUGAUAAUUGAUGGAAGUGAUGAAAAAAUGGAGCUCCUAAGCGAAGCAGCAGCUGGAACCUAGUCAGGAGUGGCCAGUUUAAAGUGACUGUGCAAAAUGACAAUUUUUAUUUAAUCAUUUGCUUCCCCCACCCCCCCCCCCCCCCCCUCCUUUUUUUGAGACAAUACUUAACAAAUCACCGGUGAGUAUGUUCUUCCUAGUGACUGCUGAUGUGAUCUAAUUACAAAUGCACACAUAUCUAAUUUUUUUAAUUAAUAACUAAAAGUGAUGUGUCAGUAUAAGAUUAGAUCACAUCAGUGGUCGGUAGAGAGUACUUACUCACCGGUGAUUUGGUUAGUGUUGUCCAUUUUUUAUUGGUUUUGUUAAGGUACUGUUUAGUGUAAAUUUAGAUGUUUGGAAGAUGUGGAAAUUAAAAUUUUGUGGUGUGAAUCUAUCUCAAUGCUCUACAUGUUUCUCGUA